CCUGAGGAGGAUGCAGGGAUUCUUCAGGGAACCGGUACUCUGGGGAGGGACUCCCUUUCCCUGUCUGUGGGACAGCCAGACUCCAUGGGGAGGACAGCAAGAGAACAUCCUUACGCUUUAAUCUUCUUUGGAACAGUAUGGACCUUUUCUCUUUGUAUUCGGGAACCAACUUCUGUCCAACACCCAGCUUCAGGACCAGCCACAACCAGCAGAAUACAACGUUCAGGCAUCCUGUGACUGGGCAGUUUUCUCCAGAAAAUAGUGAAUUCAUUCUUCAAGAAGAGCCAAACCCACCUAUGUCGAAGCAGGAGAGAGACCAAAGACCGUCCAGCAUGGUCAGUGAGACAUCCACGGCCGGGACCACAUCCACCCUGGAGGCCAAGCCUGGACCCAAGAUCACCAAGUCCAGUAGUAAGGUGCACAGCUUUGGGAAGAGGGACCAGGCCAUUCGGAGGAACCUCAGUGUCCCAGUGGUGGUGAGGGGCUGGCUACACAAGCAGGACAGUUCUGGAAUGAGGCUAUGGAAAAGAAGGUGGUUUGUGCUUGCUGAUUACUGCUUGUUCUACUAUAAAGACAGCCGAGAAGAAGCGGUCCUCGGGAGUAUCCCUCUGCCCAGCUACGUGAUCUCACCUGUGGCCCCUGAGGAUCGCAUAAGCCGCAAGUACUCCUUUAAGGCCGUGCACAGGGGGAUGCGGGCACUCAUCUACAGCACCUCCACAUCGGGCUCGCAGGCCGAGCACUCGGGCAUGAGGACCUACUACUUCAGUGCCGACACCCUGGAGGACAUGAAUGCCUGGGUCAGGGCCAUGAACCAGGCCGCACAGGUGCUCUCUCGAUCUUCACUGAAGAGGGACGUGGAGAAGGUGGAACGGCAAGCAAUGCCCCAGGCCAACCAUUUGGAGACCUGCCAAGAAUGUGGCUGUGUGGGACCUGAUCACUCCAGAGAUUGUCCUCAUCGUGGCUAUGAGGAUUCCUUUGGUUUCGACAGGCGUGAGCAGGAGGAGGAGCACUACUGUUCACAAAGGGACCCACUGGAAGGCAAGCGGGACAGGAGCAAGGCCAGGUCCCCAUACUCCCCAUCCGAGGAGGAUGCCUUGUUUGUGGAUCUAUCAGGUGGACCCCGAGGCCAGCAGGCGCAGCCACAGCGGGCAGAGAAGAACGGAAUGCUGCCUGCCUCCUAUGGCUCAGGAGAGCAGAACGGGACCGGCGGGUACCUGCGGGCUGCCCCUCCCAGGGCCAACCCCGAGAAGCACAGCCAGAGGAAGACCAGCCUGGCCCAGGUGGAGCACUGGGCGAAGGCUCAGAAGGGGGACGGCAGGAGUCUGCCUUCAGACCAGACGCGUCCCCGCCAGGGUCCCGGCCACCCCCUGCCCUUCCCAGAGAACUACCAGACUCUCCCCAAGAGCACACGACACCCGUCGGGGAGCUCCUCGCCUCCUCCUCGGAACCUGCCGAGCGACUACAAGUACGCGCAGGACCGAGCCAGCCACCUGAAGAUGUCCAGCGAGGAGCGCCGUGCACACCGGGAUGGCACCGUGUGGCAGCUGUACGAGUGGCAGCAGAGGCAGCAGUUCCGGCACGGCAGCCCCACGGCGCCCAUCGGUGCCGGCUCUCCGGAGUUCCCCGAGCAGGGCCGGAGCCGGAGCAUGCUGGAGGUGCCCCGCUCCAUCUCUGUGCCUCCGUCUCCCUCUGACAUCCCUCCCCCGGGGCCCCCCAGGGUCUUCCCGGCCCGACGGCCACACACACCAGCAGAGAGGGUCACGGUGAAGCCCCCCGACCAGAGGAGGAGUGUGGACAUCUCACUGGGUGGCUCUCCCAGGAAGGCCCCGGGCUACAACGUCAAGAAUUCCUCUCACGUGGACCAGCGCUCCAUGCCCUCCAUGGGCUACAUGACCCACACUGUCAGUGCUCCCAGCUUACAUGGAAAAUCGCUGGAGGAGCUCUCACUCCUGCUCACCCGGUUGCAGCGGCACCAGGCUAAGUUAGCCAGCGUGCGAAAUUUCGCCGUGGGCCAGUUACUACACCACUACCUGACUUUUCCCGCCUGCCAGGCUGAUGACACCUACCUCCAGCUGAAGAAAGAUCUGGAGUACCUGGAUCUAAAGAUUAAAAAUAAUGAACCUUUGAUCAACGUGCUUUACAAAGUGCUGAAGAAGUCAGCACAGGGCUGUCGGCCCAGGAGAAGCAUGACAGGCCGAGACCUUCUUAAGGAUCGAAGUUUGAAGCCGGUGAAGAUCGCUGAGAGUGACACUGAUGUCAAACUGAGCGUCUUCUGUGAACAAGAUAGGAUCCUCCAGGACUUGGAAGACAAGAUCAGAGCUCUCAAAGAGAAUAAAGACCAGCUGGAAUCUGUGCUAGAGGUGCUGCACAGACAGAUGGAGCAGUACCGAGACCAGCCACAGCACCUGGAGAAGAUCACCUGCCAACAGAGGCUGCUGCAGGAGGACCUGGUCCACAUCCGUGCCGAGCUCUGCAGAGAGUCCACGGAGAUGGAAAACGCCUGGAAUGAGUACCUGAAGUUGGAGAGAGAUGUGGAGCAGCUGAAGCAGACCCUGCAGCAGCAACACGGAAGAGCCUUUUUUUUCCAGGAGAAGUCACAGAUACAGAAGGAUCUGUGGAGGAUUGAAGAUGUCCUGGCAGGCCUGAGCGCCAGUAAAGAGAACUACAGAGUCCUGGUGGGAUCUGUCAAAAAUCCGGAGAGAAAAACGGUGCCUUUGUUCCCUCACCCGUUCGUGCCUUCACUGUCUCCAACUGAGGCCAAGCCGCCCCUGCAGCCCAGCCCUCCCACGAGCCCUGUGCGGACCCCUUUGGAGGUCCAGCUCUUCCCACAGCUGCAGACCUACGUGCCCUACCGAUCUCACCCACCCCAGCUGAGGAAAGCCGUGACAUCCCCUCUUCAGUCACCAACCAAGUCAAAACCCCAAGUGGAAGAUGAGGCACCUCCCAGGCCACCACUCCCUGAGCUCUACAGCCCAGAGGACCAGCCCCCAGCUGUGCCACCACUGCCAAGAGAGGCCACCAUCAUACGGCACACGUCUGUGCGGGGCCUCAAGCGACAAUCGGACGAGAGGAAGCGGGACCGGGAGCUGGGCCAGUGUGUGAACGGGGACUCAAGGAUGGAGCUCCGGUCCUAUGUUAGUGAGCCCGAGCUGGCCAGCCUCAGUGGGAAUGUACCUCCGCCCUCCUUGGGACUCGUGGGCUCUGAGAGCAGGUACCAGACGCUGCCUGGCAGAGGGCUCUCAGGCUCCACAUCCAGGCUCCAGCAGUCGUCCACCAUUGCUCCCUAUGUCACACUCCGGAGAGGUCUGAAUGUGGAAAACAGCAACGUGACCUUCUCUAGACCCAAGAGUGCCUUGGAGCGCCUGUACUCAGGGGAUCACCAACGGGGCAAGAUGAGUGCGGAGGAGCAGCUCGAGCGCAUGAAGAGACACCAGAAGGCCCUGGUCCGGGAGCGCAAGAGGACCCUGAGCCAAGGAGAGAGGACAGGCCUGCCCUCGGCCCGAUAUCUCAACCAGCCACUGCCCGGAGAUCUUGGCUCAUGGAAGCGAGAGCAGGACUUUGACCUGCAGCUGCUGGAGCGGGCUGUGCAGGGGGACAGAAAGGACAAGGAGAAGAACGGCUGGCUGAAAGUGCAGGCUACACCUGUCACUGAGUUGGACCUGGAGCCUCAAGACUAUGACGUGGACAUCAGCAGAGAGCUGGCCAAACCGGAGAAGGUCUCCAUCCCCGAGCGGUAUGUGGAACUGGAUCCUGAGGAGCCACCCAGCCUUGAGGAGCUACAGGCACGGUACCGAAAAGCCGAGAAGAUCCGCAACAUCCUUGCCCGGUCAAGCAUGUGCAACCUGCAGCCUGUUGGCCAGGACCGCAACAGCCUGGCCGACCUGGACUCGCAGCUGCAGGAACAGGAGCGGAUCAUCAACAUCUCCUAUGCCCUGGCCUCCGAGGCCUCCCAGCGUAGCAAGCAGGUGGCAGCAGCUGGCCCUCCUCCCGCCCAAAGCCCCUCUGUCCUCCAGGACGGUGCCACCUUACCCCCCCUUAAGCAGCGGACUGCACUACACCUUUGUCUAACACCUUCCAACCCAGGCAGUGACCGACCCGUGACCCAGUAUGCAGAGAAGUCUGGAGCCAGGGCCGAGUGAAACCAGCAUCUUCCAGGACACUGACCUCUCUGCUUCCGAGGAAAGCCUUCCAGCAGGGCAGGGCUCAGGCCGAAGGAGGGAGCAGCCACCCAGCGCGCAGCGGCGAGCAGGGGGUUCCAUCCUGACACACCCAUUUGUUUCAGUCCAGAUUUCUUUUUACAGACAACAGAGGCACUUUUGAUAUACGAUGUAAAAUACGCUGUAUUUUAGAAUCAGAAUAUAUUUUAUAACGCUCACCUUAAGGGCUGGGAGACCGGAAAGGCAAGCCUGUGGGAUUUUGUAGCCAAAAUCAGGACUCCCGGGACGGCAGCAGAUAGGAAGAGGCGGAGGCGAGCAGGGGACGCCCAGCUGCCCGUGAACUCGGGCAAAGGUUAGAGUUGAGAUUGUGCUUCCGGGGGAUUCCAGUUUGAGGCUUGCUGACAGGCUGUCCAGGAACAGGGAGGCCUUUGACUGCAGAGGUCAGCAUCCCUGACCCGACUCCCAGCUCUGGAGGAAACCCUACCCAAACGGCGCUUGGAGCUCGUGUGUGCCUUCACCCUGGUUCUGAUUGAGGAGCAGCUGUGUGUGUUCAAGAGCCUUGAGUUCUUCAACCUGCAAUGAAGUUCCUUCAGCAAAGAGUUCUCAGAAAAAAAAAGUUUUAAAAGAGUUUGCGUUAAUUAAAAACAAAAACAAAACAAAAACAAAACCACGACCUCUGCAGUAUGGAGAGGGGAAAGGUGGACGGUACAUGGUAUCAUAGCAAUAAAUUCCACAUUGGGUGGUAUCUGCAUACAAAUGUCUGCUCACACCAUCCCUCCAGCCAGGCAGGACAGGAACCUUUGCUGCUGGCUGUGGGGAGCCCCAGGCAGCUUCUCUAGGGCUGUCUGGUGAGAAAGGCCAGCAGGGCCACCGUGGCGGGACUUAGACUUGACUUGCAGCCCCCGAUGAGGCGGAGGCAGUGUUCAUGAUCCUUUAUUUAAGUUGUCUCAUGAUAGUCUGCAUACAGGAAAGAAUAUUUAAAGGAAAAAAAAAAAUCCUCCUUUGGGUGGAGCCACUCUUUAAAUGAAAAUUUGUCUUUGACUAUGGUAAAAACAAUCGAGUAUAUUUAGAAGUUGCUGUCUAUUUUUAACUAACUCUGUAUGUUGCCAGUAUCAACUUUAUGACAUUUGCCAAAAUAAAAUUUUAUUUUUGCCUUUAUAAGAUUUUGUUGGGAAAAAAAAUGAGAUAAAUAUUUUGCAAGAAAAAGUUAAUUUAAAUAAAAGUGUAAUGGUUUGCAAAAAAAUGUGAUGUACAGAUUAAAACAUUAGCCUCA